CCUCCUUUAUAAAAUGAUAAGUCCUCUGCUUCUCCCAACACAUCUUCUCUCUUAUUGCAGAAAAAGUGAGCCAAAAAAACAACAGUAAUCUGUUGAAUCUCACAGAGAAAGAGAGUGAGAAGAAGAUAGAAACAUGAAUAACCAGAAUGUAGAUGAUCAUAAUCUUCUACUCAUCUCUCAGUUGUACCCUGAUGUCUAUACUUCAUUGGUACCACAACAAGCAGGAGAAGCAAAACCAGCACGGCGUAGGAAAAGGAAGAGCAAGAGUGCUGCGGUUGGAGAAGGAGGCAAUGGAUGGUUUAGAAAGAGAAAGUUGAGUGAUGAGCAAGUAAGAAUGUUGGAGAUCAGCUUUGAAGACGAUCAUAAGCUUGAAUCCGAAAGGAAAGAUCGGCUGGCAUCGGAGUUAGGGCUUGACCCUCGUCAAGUCGCGGUUUGGUUCCAGAACCGCCGUGCACGGUGGAAGAACAAGCGGGUUGAGGAUGAAUACACUAAACUCAAGAACGCAUACGAAAACGUCGUCGUUGACAGGUGUCGUCUUGAUUCUGAGGUUCUUCAACUAAAGGAACAGCUUUAUGAGGCUGAAAGAGAGAUCCAAAGUCUUGCCCAAAGAGUUGAAGGGACUUUAAUAAGCAACAGUCCGAUCUCAUCUUCUGUGACCGUCGAAGCCAAUCAGGCCACGCCGUUUUUUGGAGAUUACGACAUUUGUGUUGACGGUGAUGGUGAUAACUUGCUCUACUCGCCGGAUUAUUUUGAUGGCUUAGAAUGGAUGAGCCAGUUUAUGUGAAAAUUUUUACUAGCUAAUCUAUUAUUUAUCGCCUUAUAAAAAUAUUUAUAUAUAGCUAGGGGUUAAUUGUGGUAACUAGAUAAACAUAUGAUUGGUCGAUAUCUACACCGAAGCAUAAUGUAGAUAAUAUUCUGGGUCUAAUUCGUUAGUGACUAGUGUAAUAUUGUGGAUUGUUUAGGUCGAUAAAGGUCAAGUUUGGACAAAAACGAAUGUAUAUAUAUCUGUCAGUUAUAAGUAAAUUUUACUUUUCUAAUGAUUU